GGUUCUGACGUCACGGCUGCGUGCGGUGGACGGUCCGCUGUGGCCAGUCCCGACCGGCCACAGCGAUCGCUGUGUGCGGUGACGGAAGGCUGACGUAGGGACGCAGUGGGCGGAGCUUGGAGGCUGUGUGCGGUCCGACCGCACACAGGGCCCGUGAACAGCCCUCUGAGUGAAGACUCGCCAUCACAAUGAAGUCCAAGUUCACCACCGUCGAUAUCAUUGCAAUGGUAGCCGAGCUGAAUGAGCGGCUGGCCGGUAUGCGCGUGGUACAGGUGUACGACACCGACCACAAGACGUACCUGUUCAAGCUGCAGCGGCCCGAGCAGAAGGCGGUGCUGCUGCUCGAGUCCGGAGCUCGCAUUCACGCCACAGAGUAUGAGUGGCCCAAGAACCCGGCGCCGUCCGGAUUCUCGAUGAAGCUGAGGAAGCACAUCCGCAACAAGCGACUGGAGUCGAUCCGCCAGCUGGGAGUGGACCGGGUGGUGGACCUGCAGUUCGGCUCGGGCGAGGUGGCCCACCACGUCAUCCUCGAGCUGUACGACAGGGGCAACCUGGUGCUGACAGACCACCAGUAUACGAUCCUCAACAUCCUGCGGCCGCGCACCGAUGCCGAGAGCGUCAGGUUCGCCUCAAAGGAGAACUACCCGCUGGACAAGGCGCGCCUGUACGAGACCCGCUCGGAGCAGCAGCUGCGAGAGGUACUGUCCGCCGCCAAGGAGGGAGAUGUGCUCAAGAAGAUCAUCAACCCUCAUCUUGAUUUUGGCGCCGCGCUGAUCGAACAUCUCCUGCUGGAAGCGGGUUUCCCGGCGCAGGCGCGGCUCGGACACGAGUUUCAUAUUGAGGAGGACAUGCACCGACUGGUGGGAGCCAUCCGCGCCGGGGAGGCGGUCCUCCGAAACGAACAGCAAGACUUCAAGGGUAUCGUCACUUACCGCGUGGAACGGCGCUCGGCGGGUGGUCAGAAGGGCGGUCAGAAGGGCGGUCAGAAGGGCGGCUCCGGCGCCGGCGGUGACGCGGAGAUGGUCACCUACCAGGAGUUUCACCCGCUGCUGUACGCGCAGCACGCCGACCAGCCCCACCACACCUUCCUCAGCUUCACAGCUGCCGUCGACGAGUUCUUCAGCAAGCUGGAGAGCCAGAAACUCGACAUGAAGGCGGUUCAGCAGGAGCGGGAGGCUCUAAAGAAGCUGGAUAACGUGCGGCGCGACCACCAGCGGCGGCUUGAGGCACUCGAGCUUGCACAGCGCGACGACAGAUGGCGCGCAGAGCUCAUCACCAGCAAUGCACAGCUAGUGGAUGGCGCGGCACUGGUGGUGCGCUCCGCCCUGGCCAACCAGAUUGACUGGCGCGAAAUCGGGCGGAUCGUACAGGAGGCGCAGAAGCGCGGGGACCCCGUGGCGCGCUCCAUCAAGGCCCUGAAGCUGGAGACGAACCACAUCACCAUGCUGCUGCAUGACCCGUACCAGGAGGAAUCCGACGAGGACGAGGAGGACGGCAGUGAGGACGGCCGGGAGGACGCGGCUCCUCCGGCCGAGAAGGCCGACCAGUCAUCCCACAUCCGACCGAUGCUGGUCGACAUAGACCUGGACCUAUCGGCGCUGGCCAACGCUACCAGGUACUUUGGCCAGAAGCGGACAGCGGCUAAGAAGCAGCAAAAGACCAUCGAGUCUUCGUUCAAGGCCAUGAAGUCGGCGGAGCAGAAGACCAAGCAGACCCUGAAGGAGGCUGCCACCAUCGCCAGCAUCAACAAGGCGCGUCGCGUGCACUGGUUCGAGAGGUUUCUCUGGUUCAUAUCGUCGGAAAACUACCUUGUGCUGGGAGGACGUGACCAGCAACAGAACGAGAUACUGGUACGACGCUACCUGAAGCCGGGUGACAUUUACGUACACGGUGACCUGCACGGUGCAGCCUCGCUGGUGGUGAAAAACCCCACCGGAGCAGAGGUACCGCCGAAAACACUGAACGAGGCCGGAUCGUUCGCCGUCUGUAACAGCUCGGCCUGGGACGCUAAGAUCGUCACCUCCGCCUGGUGGGUGCACGCCCACCAGGUGUCCAAGACGGCGCCUACCGGCGAGUACUUAACCACCGGUAGCUUCAUGGUGCGCGGCAAGAAGAACUACCUGCCGCCCUGUCAGCUGACCCUCGGAUUUGCAGUGCUGUUCAAACUGGAGGAGAGCUCGAUAGAGAGGCACCGCGGAGAGCGGCGGGUGAGGACGGUAGAGUCGGAGGACGGUCCCCGACCGGUGCCAGCCGCGGAGGAGCUGUCCUCUGCAGCCGGGGACGAGGACGGAGUGCGGGAGGACGGAGUGGCGUCCUCCCAGAACGGAGAGGAUGAAAAGGAGGACUCUGGGGAGAAGGAUUCUGAGGAUGAAAAGGCAGAGAAGAAGGACGAUUCAGAAGAGGAGGAAAAAGAGGAGAAGACGGGCUCAAAGGAGGAAGAAGAGAAGAAGGAUUCGGAGGAGGAAGAUGACAAGGGAGAGAGUGAGGAAGAAAACGAGUUCCCGGACACGAACGUGGAAGUGAAGCAUCUCAAAGGCAGCAAAUUCACGGUAGAGGUAACCUCCCCCACCGACUCCCGCCCUGCCGACAACCCGUUCCCGAAACUCCCCGGGCCCAAACCGGCCGCCGCACGGCGCGGCGGCAAGAAGCCGACCGGCCCGCCACCUGCCGGCAAAGACAAGAAGCAGAACUGCGCGCCGCCGCCGCAGCCGCGCGGCAAACGCUCCAAGAUGAAGCGCGCCAAGGAGAAGUACAAGGACCAGGAUGACGAGGAAAGGGAGGCUCGAAUGGCGAUCCUCCAGUCGGCCGGCCGUUCCCAGGCGGCAGUGGCCGAGGAGAAGCGUCAGCAGGAACAGCAGGAGCGUCAGCAGCGCCAGCAGGAACAGCAGGAGCGGCGCCGGCAGCAGCAGAAGGCGCGACAGGAGGCCGCCGAUGACGAGGGUGAUGACGACGAGGUGACCGUGCCACAAGACUGCCAGAUUCUGGAGGAGCUGACCGGCCUUCCUGUGGAAGAGGACGAACUCCUGUACGCCGUGCCAGUCUGUGCGCCGUGGUCCACCGUUCUUGGAUACAAGUUCAAAGUCAAGCUGACUCCCAGCGCAGGGAAGAAGGGUAAGGCGGCCAAGACGGCCGUCCAGUCGUUCCUCACGGACAAAGCCGCCACGCCGCGCGAGCGGGACCUGAUCAAAUCGGUGCGACCGGAAGAUGUCACCCGUAACUUCCCCGGCCGGGUCAAGGUUGUCUUGCCGCAGGCGGCAAGGGCCAAGAAGAAGUAGACGCCGCGCUCCAACAGGAGCACGUGAAGGUGUUAUCUUGUCGCCUAUUGGCUGUCGUGAUGCGCCGGUCGUUCUGACUGGGUCAAUGGGCGGCCACUUGUUGAGGCUUUCCGGAAAUGUGAUGAUGGACGUUUGUUAUAGCUUAUGCGGGGACUGCUGGGGUGGUUGUGAGGGUGGUAUUUAGGCCCGAUACCGGUCGGGCUGGUCCUAUGUCACGGCGCAUCAAUCAGUGUGGGUACUGGCCUUUGGGUACAACGUGUCCUGUUUACCAUAGUGAUUUACCGCUAUUUUCAAUGUGACGAGACAUAGUCGGUGCUCACUGGCAAAUACAACAAUUUUGAUA